AUGUCUGGAAGAGGAAAGGGUGCCGGAAAAGCGCGUGCUAAGGCCAAGUCGCGCUCAUCUAGAGCUGGACUCCAGUUCCCGGUCGGUCGUGUCCACAGGCUACUAAGGAAAGGCAACUAUGCAGAGCGUGUCGGUGCUGGUGCUCCCGUCUACCUGGCGGCUGUGCUGGAGUAUCUGACCGCUGAGAUCCUGGAGCUGGCUGGAAACGCCGCCCGCGAUAACAAGAAGACCAGGAUCAUCCCCCGCCACCUGCAGCUGGCUGUCCGCAACGAUGAGGAGCUCAACAAGCUGCUUGGAGGAGUCACCAUCGCCCAGGGUGGUGUCCUGCCCAACAUCCAGGCGGUUCUGCUGCCCAAGAAGACCGAGAAGUCCAAAUGAAUGAUCCUGACGUUCCCACAAACCAACGGCUCUUUUAAGAGCCACUCACAUAUGUCUACUGACUUUCAUCCAUAUGAAUGUAAAGCAAUGACUUGGCACAAACGUCCACAACAUUUGCAAUCGC